CUUUACACAAUAGCAGAAUUUAUUUUAAUUUACUUAUUCUGCAUUAUAUGUGUCAAGUAUCGGGCCAAGUGGAAGGCUUACCUAGUCAAGUACGAGGCUUAUAAUCGCCAUUGAUGGAAUAUUGUCCUUUCUAUAGAGGAAUACUUUCCCUUCUAUAGAGGAAUACUUUCCCUUCUAUAGAGGAAUACUCUUCUUUCUAAAUGUAUUUGACAAUGAAUAGAUUUCGAGUUGCAAUUGGACUUUUAACAAAUCACGUGAAUCUAAGGACAUAUAUUCAAUCGUAGAAUUGCAAGAUAAAAAAAAAAUGUCAACUAUACAGAAAGGAAAAAGAAGACAACAUGCUUAUGCCUUUGAUUGGCAUUGAUAUACAAAAUAUACAAAUUUAUGUUCUAUAGGACCUACAGUGAAAAUAAUAUCACCAGGAAUAUUAAAUACUGUGGACAGGCAAAACCAACCACAGACACAGCCAUUGACACAACAAGCAGUCAAUAUGCCAGCCACAUACCAUGUACCAAGGGGAGCUGCAGCAGUUGCUAAUAUCGCUGCUCCUAGAUCAACAGUUGCCACUCCUAUUGUCAGAGCAAAUACAGGACAAACUGUGCCUACUACUAGAUCAGGUAAUACAUCAAUCUCCAAUCCCCAAUGGCAAUCUAAAACAUCUGUCGUAUACGCGCAAAAUGUAUCACAAAGGCAUUCUGCACCUCCGGUCAGUAGAGUUUCCAGGCCACCAACCACCAUAUACACUGGGCAACAAACACGACUAAUUACGCCAGCCAGUCAGGGAAGAUCUGUUCAAGCCAUGGUCACUGGUACUCCGUCCAGAUUGAUAACGCCCAUCUUGCAAACAAAUAAUAUAAGACUUCCACUUCCACAAAGCAGACCGCCGACACCGCAAGUAGUAACUGUGUCGCAAACUUCGCAACCAGGAAGAUCAUCGACACAAACCAUUCAACCCAGCCAAUCUAACAGACCUCUAACCACAUCUGGUACUACAAAACGAAUAGCUGUAUCAACACCCAUAGAAACGGCGAACAGAAUUAACAGCACGACUUCGGUUACCAUCGGUUCAGUGGAAGCACCAGGGCGACAAUUAUCGAUCAACACAGUGGCUGGGCCUUCGACUAGCACUGUUAGCCAUAUUGUUAUUCCUUCACAACAGAUUCAACAACAGCCAGGUGGACCACGUGUCGUUCAGAAUGUUACAUGCCUAUCAAGCUUCAGUACAGUGUCUCAAGUGAUUACGACAACCGCGAAUACGCAAUCGAACGCGAUGCGUAUAUUGCAAACGGUCCCAACCACAGUUACAAAAAUCGCAGGAAUGUCUCUGCAUUCUCUGCCUCUAGUAUCGGUGAGGGCUGCACCGACGCCAGUUAAAGUCACUUCUGCACAGCCACAGACUAUCGGACAAACCGUCCAGAUUAAACCAGCGCAACCAGCUAGCAUACGCGUAUCGUCCACAAACAGUGGCACGGCUACCAGUUCCACACAGCCGAUUCAAGGACAAUACAUAACUCCGCCGCAUAACACUACUACAUACUAUUCCUUUGAGACUACAGGAACAUACUCACCAUUUCGACAGGGUUCAAUGCAACCAGUAAGAUUAGUCGUCGAACCAGGAGGAUAUGAGGAACCUCAUGGUAAACCUAAUGCAUCUCCCAGACCAAGCAUCCUGAGAAAGAGAGAUCAUGACAAUUCACCAGUCAAAGGUGUUGCUAAAAAUUUAAAUCCUGUACUGGCAUCUCUACCAUCAAGUAGAUCGAUCAGUCCGCCGUUAUCACCAAAAGGAGAUUUGGAUGGCGGUGGAUGCCAAAGUUCCGGUUCUACGACCGUAUCUGCUACGUCUUCACCAGGUCUUGAUGAGGAACCUGAACAAUCGAGGAUUACUAUCAAUCCUAUUAUAGAAAUGUCACCAAGAAAAAAACCACGCAAACAGCAACUCACAGGCGUAGAAUUAACAGAACCUAGAUGUACAGAAGAAGAGAUGCAAUUUAUUACAGAGGAGAAAAUGAAAAAAGAGAAUAAAGAAGAAUCAAAAGAGAAGUUUUCUGACAAGAGACAAAUCUCCAAUGUUCAAAGUGACAUUAAAUCAUCUACUCAACAAACAGAAAAUACAAUACGGACACGGCCUAUUCCAAGUUUGAUAGGUUCUUCUUGGAAAAACAAGUGGAGUGUUAGACUGCACCAUUAUAGAAGACCUAGUGAUGUCCGACCUCGCGAAGAGAGAAGACCUACAGUUGCUGAACUGGCACAACAGAAACAUGUAUUACAGAAACUGAAUGGGUGGAAAGUUUAUCAUCUCACUACUCAAAUGGAAGACAUCGCAGAUCUUGAAAAACAGGUGCACGAAAAAUUAAAAACUACACUAAUGCUAUUAGAAUCACAGCAAACUCUUAAAAGCAGACACAACGACGGACUGGAACGUGUGAAUGAAUUAAUUAAGGGAAACAUGCAGCGUAGUAGUUUAAUUAGUGAAGGAAUGAACGAAGCACGUACGCAGCUCGUUACCAUAUUUCAACAUAAGGGUCCUAUUACCGAUCUUUUACAACGUUGUGGUAACAAACGGGCUCAGAAAAAAAGGGACAAAUAAAUUGUCACACCGAAUGAACGUGAUGGUUUAUAAAUGAACUUUUUGAAAGAAAAAAAUUUAUAAGGAAUCUAUUUUUAUCUGUGUCACAGAUUCUAAAUAUAUAUAU